AUGGUGUUCCUCCUCUCCUACAUUACCUUAGGACUUGUGGCGUGGACCAAGGGAGAUGCCAAGAAGGUGGCCUAUGCUGCGGACAGCCGGGGGGAAUUCUGUGGCCAGAAGAACACCCCCAAUGAGAUGAAGAGCUUCUUGUUCUACUUUAACAUUCUGCGGUGCGCCCACCCCAUCGUGCUGGCAAGGCUCCACUGCCCCACCAUCGAGGUCUGCGUUUCCACGUGCCCAGACAGAUUCUUGACCUUCAUAGACGUGCAACAAAACUACGCGGUUAAUCGAAGCCAGUGGGAAUACUAUCAGCAGUACUGCAAGCCUGGCUUUGACAACCCUUUAAAGCCCGCACCCUCCGUUUUUCGGGAUGAAGACUGCCCGUCAUUGAUUAUUCCCAGCAGACCUUUUUUCAAGAGAUGCUUCCCUGACUUUUCUAUUCAAAAUGGCAUGGUGACAGUGAGAAACCUGACCACGUUCGUUGAUGGAAUUGGAACCUUGAGAAAUAUCUCCGACCUCCAGGAAGCUGCUAAAGGCAUCAGCCUGCUCCUUAAGAUGAGGACGAUGGGCUUAAAAAUCGUUGAAGAUUUUACAAGCGCUUGGGAUUGGAUUAUCGUGGGUCUCUUCCUGGCAAUGAUCGGCAGCUGGCUUUUCCUGUUGUUCCUGAGAUUCUGCGCCAGCUUCAUAUUGUGGAUCUUUGUGGUCGGUGUUGUCGGCAUCAUAGCAUAUGGAAUAGGGUACUGUUACUUGGAGUAUCAACGUCUUCAGUCACAUCCUGGAGCCGAAGUCACUAUCUUGGACCUCGGUAUCCAGUCUGACUUGAGAAUCUACUUGAAGUUGACACAAACCUGGCUCCUAUUUAUGAUCUUGCUUUGCAUUGUGGAAGUGCUGGUUCUCUUCUUGCUUUUGUUCCUGAGAAAGAGCUUCUGGAUUGCUGUGGUAUUGCUGAAGGAAGGGAGCAGAUAUCACACAGGUUCCAUAGCACUUGGAUCUAUAACUCUUACAAUAGUUCAGUGCUUUAGAUUUUUCCUGGAGUACUUGAACCGCCGUCUUAAAGAUUCUGAACGUCUGCCUUCUAAGUUCAUUAUAUGCUGCUGCAAAUUGUGUCUCUGGUGUUUGGAAAAAUUCCUCAAGUUUUUAAACAGAAAUGCCUACAUCAUGGUUGCGAUCUACGGCUACAACUUCUGCACGGCAUCCCGAGACGCUUUCCAGCUUGUGAUGAGAAAUGUUGUGAGAGUAGCAGUGUUGGACAAAGUGACGGAUUUCCUCCUGUGGAUGGGGAAGCUGCUUGUUUCUAUUAGCAUAGGUGUCCUGGGCUAUUUAUUCCUCACAAAACAACUCCCGAUUGCAGCACCAACGCUGAAUUAUUACUGGCUGCCUCUGGCGAUGACGGUUUUUGGGUCUUACAUCAUUUCCCAUGGGUUCUUCAGUGUCUUUGCCAUGUGUGUGGAUACCCUCUUCCUCUGCUUCUGCGAAGAUCUGGAGAGAAACGACGGGAGCCUGGAAAGGCCCUACUUCAUGUCCCCCAGCCUGCUCAGGGCUCUCGGCAAGAAGCAAAACAAGAAACUCAAGAAAAAUUUCUGGAAAAGGAUAAAGCGCCCCAAAGGACACCAUUCGCGAGUGUACUGACGCGGGCUGGGAGCCGGGCUUCGGGCCGCCGAGGGCUCCUCCCCCCGGCUGGGCAGCUGG